UGCCCUGAGUCCGGGAGCUGGCGGGACGCUCUCCGGGUCGCUUACUCUGCCCCUCCUCGGUCGGGGCAGGUCCUCCCGGCCCGGCCCGAACAUGCUGGACGGCCUGAAGAUGGAGGAGAACUUCCAAAGCGCCAUUGAGACGUCGGCCUCCUUCUCCUCGCUGCUGGGCAGAGCGGUGAGCCCCAAGUCUGUCUGCGAGGGCUGUCAACGGGUCAUCUCGGACAGGUUUCUGCUGCGGCUCAACGACAGCUUCUGGCAUGAGCAGUGCGUGCAGUGUACCUCCUGCAAAGAGCCCCUGGAGACCACCUGCUUCUACCGGGACAAGAAGCUCUACUGCAAGUAUGACUACGAGAAGCUGUUUGCUGUCAAAUGCGGGGGCUGCUUUGAGGCCAUCGCGCCCAACGAGUUUGUGAUGCGGGCCCAGAAGAGCGUGUACCACCUGAGCUGCUUCUGCUGUUGUGUCUGCGAGCGGCAGCUCCAGAAGGGCGAUGAGUUUGUCCUGAAGGAGGGGCAGCUGCUCUGCAAAGGGGACUAUGAGAAGGAGAGGGAGCUGCUCAGCCUGGUGAGCCCGGCAGCCUCAGACUCAGGCAAAAGUGAUGAUGAAGAAAGUCUUUGCAAGUCAGCCCAUGGGGCAGGGAAAGGAGCCGCUGAGGAUGGCAAGGACCAUAAGCGCCCUAAACGUCCCAGAACCAUCUUGACAACCCAACAGAGGAGAGCAUUCAAGGCCUCGUUUGAAGUAUCCUCCAAGCCGUGCAGGAAGGUGAGGGAGACUCUGGCUGCAGAGACAGGGCUGAGCGUCCGUGUCGUUCAGGUGUGGUUCCAGAACCAGAGAGCUAAGAUGAAGAAGCUGGCCCGGCGGCAGCAGCAGCAACAGCAAGAUCAACAGAACACCCAGAGGCUGAGCUCCGCUCAGACAAAUGGUGGCGGGAGCGCUGGGAUGGAAGGGAUCAUGAACCCCUACACUGCUCUGCCCACCCCACAGCAGCUCCUGGCCAUCGAGCAGAGCGUCUACAGCUCAGAUCCCUUCCGACAGGGUCUCACCCCACCCCAGAUGCCUGGAGACCACAUGCACCCCUAUGGUGCUGAGCCCCUUUUCCACGACCUGGACAGUGAUGACACCUCUCUCAGUAACCUGGGUGACUGCUUCCUAGCAACCUCAGAAGCCGGGCCCCUGCAGUCCAGAGUGGGAAACCCCAUUGACCACCUGUAUUCCAUGCAGAAUUCUUACUUCACCUCUUGAGUUCACCCCUCGAGUUCUCCGGCUAGGCUCCCAUUCUGGAACAACCGCGUUACAUGAGGGGUCAGCUGGCUUUAGG